CCACCAUUAAGCGAGCCUGAAUUCCUCUGUCUCAAGAAACUCUAGAGAAAAGAAGUUAUUAUCAGUUGGCAAUGGAUGAGUUAGAUGCUUUGUUGGCAGAAUUGGAACUAACCUCGCAGAGUUUGAGUGAAGAUGAUGCAAAACCCAAAAAGGUGUGCUUUCUUCUGGAACGUGAAAAUAAGGAUGAACUGGCAUCAACGGCAGCACAGACCACUGUCAUUCAGAACAAGAAACUGAUUACUCCAGAAACCAAAAAGGUGGCAGAUUGGCCAUUUUCCUUGUCCUGUAACUUCCAGAAGCCAUUGCAGUUAUCAACAGACUGGGAGGAAAUGUCUGUGCAGCCAGCACUGAGGAGUCAACAUAAUGGAGAAGAUGCAGACAAAAUUUACAGCAAAGUGUCAACUCCACAGCCUCUUGUCUCUUCAUCUUCUUCCACCUCAGCAGCUCAACAGCUGGAUGACCUGCUGGCUUGCUUGGGGACAAUGCAGCCCAAGACUUCAGAUGAGACAGAAGGUCCUGUAGAGUCAUCAUCAGGGGAACAGAAUACCACUGACACCCUAGACAACAUGUUGCAAGGCCUGACUCAGAGACUGCAGGACCUUGGUGCGGCUGCUGUGCCCAAGGGCAAUUGUGCUUCCUGCCACAAGCCUAUUACUGGAAAGGUGGUCACAGCACUGGGACAGACAUGGCACCCAGAACAUUUCACUUGUGCCCACUGUAGAAAAGAAAUGGGUGGUCAACCCUUCUUUGAACGGGACAGCAAGGCAUACUGCCAGGAUGAUUAUCAUCAGCUCUUCUCCCCUCGCUGUGCUUACUGUACUGCACCUAUUCAAGAGAAAGUUCUUACAGCCAUGGAUCAGACCUGGCACCCAGAGCACUUCUUUUGUGCCUCCUGUGGGAAGAUGUUUGGGAAUGAUGGUUUCCAUGAAAAGGAUGGGAAGCCAUACUGCCAGAGAGAUUACCUGACCCUUUUCUCUCCCAAAUGCAAAGGCUGUGACCUGCCAGUUUUGGAUCGAUACCUGUCAGCCCUAAAUGCUGUCUGGCACCCUGAAUGCUUUGUGUGUGGGGACUGUCUCUGCAGCUUUUCCAAUGGUGCCUUCUUUGAAUUAGAUGGGAAACCCUACUGUGAGCUUCACUUUCACCAUCAUCAAGGGACAGUGUGCCAAGGAUGUGGGAAACCCAUUGUUGGGCGCUGUGUUAGUGCCAUGGGGAACAAGUUCCACCCAGAGCACUUUGUUUGUGCCUUUUGCCUUACCCAACUGCACAAUGGCAUCUUUCAGGAGCAAAAUGACAAAGCCUAUUGCAACACUUGCUUCAACAAACUCUUUGUUUGAUCUUCAUACAUACAACUGUUAUUACUUUUCCUACCUUACCUACUAGAAGAAUGUGCUAUGUGUGAUAUUCUCAAUAUGCAUGGCCAUCAUUUUGUGUAAUAGGCAAUAUUAGUAUUUUCCAUUUAGAACAUGCAAAUACAUACCUUCAACAAACAUGCUUUUCUGAUCAGGCUGCUGAAGGUGGAAAUUAUACAGAUUGCGCCUGAUUCACACAAAAUAGGGAUGAGACAUAUUGAAAAUAUUGCACAUAGCAUGCUCUCUCCCAGUACAUGAGGUAGGAGUACCACAGAUGUAAUUACUGAAAAGGUUUUAUACUCCAAGGAAAUCAGAGGACAAGUUGAUGACGUGGAAAGGGGUUAAGACUUCAAUCUUGUGCAUAAUUACUUGGGACUCCUCCCAGUAAAUUUAGCUAGAUUUACUCUCAUGUUAACAACCACAAGAUUAAUCAUAGAAAAUAUUACCAUAAUUUCAAUUAUCAUAACAUAGCAACAAAUGGUCUUUGGGGUUAGGUAUAUAAUGUACUCACAGAAUGUUGAACAUCUGUACUAGUUUGUACUAGUCCCAUAUUUUAUCAAGUAUAGUUACAGUGGCUGUUCUGUGCAGCCGCAAGAAAAUAACAGCUAUUUUUCACUGAAAUCUAACUUGUAGGAAUAUCUACUGACUAGUAAUAAGCGGGAUUUUUUCCCCACUGAAAAGUAGUCAUUUCAAUCAAACCAUUCCAUACUGAUUUUUUUCAAACAAAAUCACUCUUUCCCCCUAAUCUUUGUUACAAAUCAAAGCUUUAUAUAUGUUGAUGAAUUUUUUACUUUUUGCUGGGAACAAGACUUGAAGGCUUUCUAGUGAAUGAGUAGGUUUCUGAUUCUGAUUGUAGGCAUCCCUAGUUGACCCAAAAACAUUUCACUAAAUUGUCAGGUGCCCCAGCAAUGUGGUCUGCUUUUCCAAUUGCCUUGCUCAUUAUCUCUACAUUUAAUUUGCCUGUUCUGUUGAAUGUCAUGUAUGCAUGUAAGCAGGCAGUCUUGGGGCAAGCACUAAUCCAGCCAGUUCUCCACCAGCUACACUAGCUUCCAGUGGAAUACCGAAUCAGGUUCAAGGUUUUGGUACCAACCUUCAAAGCCCGAAGUCUGGGACCUUCAUAUCUGUGGGAGCAUCUCUCCAAAUACCACCACCCCUGCCCCCAAGAGCACUUCACUCUAUGCAUAAAAACUUGUUGGUGGUCCCUGGCUGAAAAAAAUAUAUCCAGCUGUCCUCACCCAGGACCAGAGUUUUUUUGGAUCUGGCCCCAACCUAGUAGAAUGCUCUGUUGAACAAGUCCCAGGCCAUGUGGGACCUAUCACAGUUCUUCAGGGCCUGCAUGAUGGAGCUGUUUCACCAGGUCUACAGUUGAGGACAGCAACAGCAUCCAACAUAACUGGCCUCCCUUUUCCCUCUUCACUUUACUUUUUCCUUCCCUUCCCUUUUUCUUCUCUUUCCCUUUCCUUCCCAUUCAUUCGCCUUAGUUAGAAACUGAUUAUUAAAGCACCAUAGCACAGUAUAUAGUAGUAUUAAUUGUUUGUCUUUCAUUGUUAAAUUGUUGUAAGCCACCCCGAGUCUGUUUACAGGGAAGGGUGGCCUAUAAAUCGAAUUAUAAUUACAUAAAAAAUAAACUAAAUUUGCUUUAGAAAGCAUUUUAUCCUUAAAUCCCCCCUUAGUUUUGCAUUUACGCUGUAACAGAUAUCUAGAUAAUCUUUGGCAUAUUGUUUGGAGCUGAAUGAACAGAAUGCA